GCUGCAAGGGUUAUAGGUCGAGUAGCAAGGUUCAACAAACGGCCAGUACCAGAUAUUAAAAACAUCGGCAUUACCAAAGAGACGACAAGGGAAAGCAAAAAAUACACAUUCAUUCAUCUUUUCAAGUCAAAAUCCCUAGCAAAGACAACAAUAAUGUUAUCUAUUAACUGGUUUGCUCUUGGUUUGGUUUUCUAUGGAAUAAGCUUUGGCAUUCAAGCGCUUGCUGGGAAUAUCUACCUCAAUCUAUUUCUGUUUAAUCUUGUGGCAAUACCUGCAAAACUGAUUACAGUAUGGGUAACAAAUAAACUGGGGCGUAGGGGUUCAGCUAUUAUCUGUUUCACAACAGUUGCCAUAAGUGGUUUUGUGGUUGGAAUAGUUCAAGCUGUCGAUGCUCCAAAGCGCGACACUUUGACAAAUGUGUUUGCCAUCAUAGCAAAUAUGGCUAUCAACAUGGCAUGGGGACCGAUACAGACUAUGACAAUAGAGGUGUAUCCAACAGUUAUUAGAAAUAUAGGGUUUGGAUCAUUAAGCGUGAUUGCCCGCGUUGGUGCUGUGCUAGGACCACAGUUUGUUUAUUUGAAUGCUUAUGUACCGGGAUUACUGUUCUUUGUAUGUGGCGGAAUCGCGGUUUUAUGUAUUCUGUCACAACUGUUCCUACCAGAAACACGGAAUUUAAAUCUAAAUGAUAAACUACACCAAGCGGAAGCAGAAGUAGUGUCACUUGAAGACAAAAUACAAGACGUAAAUGGAGAAAUGAAAAUAGUUAAUUAGAUGAAUAUGUUGAUAUAUUGUUAGACUAUGUGUUCAUUACUCAAGUGAAAAUUGUUUGAAUUCUGUCGAGGUUACUGUGUUUAAAUUUUGUAAAUAAUAUUUAAUUCUAUCAAACAUAAUAAUUCCCGUUUAAACAGAAUCAAAACUAAAAUUAUUACAUUUAUUGUUUUUACAAAUAUUACAAUUAUUGUAUUUUGCUCGGGAAUAUGGAUAAUAUCCCGUCAAACAAAAUUUCUCCUGCUCUAUUUCACCAAGGUGGACAGUUCACUUCUAUGAUACGUGU